AUGGAUAUAAGGAAGAUAACCAAGGUUAAGUAUGCACUUUUCUUUGCAAUAACGGUGUGGACGUUGAUGUAUAUAGUUUUGAUUGUGUUUGAAUAUGCAAUGCUUAAUGCAAGGAGACGAAUUUUUGAAGAGAUUCUUGGCAGGUAUCGAUGUUUCCAAGAGGUGGGUAAUGAAAAGCCAUCGUUCUGGAUGCUUGAUUAUUUUUACUAUGUCUGGAUGUUUGUAAGAUGCCUGAUAAUUAAGGAUCCACUUGAUGGUUUGCCAUGCAAGAAUGCAAAGGAAAAAAUGUAUUUUCUUGAUAACAUGCUGCGUGAUUUUAAUAUGAUAAUCAUAUGUGCUGAAUUAGCAAAGGAAAAUGAUUUUCCAAUUGGUAAAGCAAUCAACCAGUUGCUUGGAGCAGAUCUUUCUAAAAUCCAUGAAGACAAUAGCAUUGAGCAUAACACAUUAUACAAAAGAUUUAUUGAAUUGGCACCAAAAAGAUUUGAGAAUGUACAACUAGAACUACAGGUUUUUGGAAAUGCAAAGAAGAUGAGUUUGCAUACUCAUGUAGUGCUUGUAGUAAUUCAAUAUCUGCAUCAGAAGUAA